AUGCCUAUCGAGGUCGAAUCCCCCGAAGAAUACGGGUACGACAAUAUCAAGAACAACCUAUCGGAGAGCUCAUGCACAGACCAGACACUCGAGUCUCUUAAUCUACCGCAUAUCCCCAACCUCACCUUUCUCUACAACGAACAUCGGGGUGGCGGCAGACUCCGAGAGCUCAUCAUCGGCAAUUCAGACCUGCAAAAAGACGAUGUCCUCAUCACAUCUGGAGCCGCCGGUGCCCUCUUUAUUAUUUCCACGUCGCAGCUCACCAAAGACGACCAUCUGCUCGUGAUGCGUCCCAACUACGCAACGAACCUAGAAACUCCCAAGGCCAUUGGCUGCGACAUUACUUACAUCGACCUCACCCUCGAGUCGGGUUUUCAACCCGAUAUAUCGGCAGUCCAACGUGCCUUGAAACCCAACAGCAAGAUUGUGUCGAUUACCGCCCCACACAAUCCCACCGGAACCGCCAUCUCCCGCGAGACACUGGACCAAUUCGUCGCUCUUACCAAACAAAGCGGCUGCUUGCUGCUCGUCGAUGAGACAUACAGAGAUAUCAGCUACACUAACCCGCUGCCUAUCGCGGCCACGCUAGGUGACCACGUCAUUAGUGUCAGUUCACUCUCGAAAUCGUACGGUCUGCCUGGCAUCCGAAUUGGAUGGUUAAUCACACAAAACUCCAAGCUUCAAGAGACGUUCCUGGCAGCGAAGGAGCAGAUCUCAAUUAGUGGUAGCGUGUUUGACGAGUGGGUCGCCAAACAGGCACUAGAUCGAAGGGACGAGAUCCUACCCUCGACCAACGCUGAGAUGAGGAAGCGUCUCGCUAUUGUGGAGGCUUGGAUUGAGAAGGAGGAUCUACUUGAAUGGGUUCGUCCGGAGGGAGGCGUUGUAUGCUUUCCGCAUAUGAAGGAAGAACCUAUCGGAGGAACGAAGGCUUUCUAUCAGCGGCUGCUGCUGGAACAUGGUACGUAUGUCGGACCUGGUCAUUGGUUUGAGAUGCCUGAUACUUUUUUUCGUCUGGGAUUUGGGUGGCCCACGUUGGGGCAGUUUGAGAAUGGUCUAGUGGCUAUUUCUAAGGCUCUGCGUGGCUAGACUUUACUUGGCUAGACUUCUGAGGCUUUGUUGUAAAUUUGAUUGGGUUUGAUAUGGG